UAAGAGAGAUGAGAGCCGGGGCACGGGGCCGCUCCAGCGCCCUCGGCGUGGGACCAGCGUCGCUCUGACCUGGGGAGCCCCUCGGCCUCGAGUGCCCCAACCCUGAGCAUCCCUCUCGGCCGUGGGAAGGGCCAGAGCAAAGGUCUCCAGCGAGGAGAGGGCCAAGGCUCAGCACCCGCCAGUUCCCUGCCAGGCCGGAGCCGGGGCCAUGUCCGAGCGCCGGGCAGCCACCAAGGGCCGGCGCUUGGGCUCCAGCCGGCGCAAGCAGCUGCAUGAGGGCUCUGGGGAGGCCCCAGCACCAGCACCUGGCCCAAGUGAGGAGCCACCGUGGGCAUCUGAAAUAGUGCAGAGGGUGCAGCAAUUCCUCAGUGACAGGGACACGGAGCAGGUGGGAGUCGUCACCCGCUCGGAUGUGCAGAAAUUGCAGGAGGAAAGUUUCCCGUGCAGCAGGGAGGAGCUGGAGCUUGUGUUCGAUGGGCUGGAUGCCGCUGGCACCGGGCGCUUGGGCACAGAGGAGUUCCUGGCCGGGCUCCGGCAGUUCCUGAGCUCCCACAAAGCUGCCAGGGAGCACCGGCGGCGGAAGACAGCGUCCCGGAGGGUCCGGCUGGUCCUCCCCACCCCGGCACUGGAAGCAGGGGACAGCGAGGAGCGCAGACACUUCGCUGCCUUUAUGGAGCAGCUGGGCACUGACAACGUCUCUGAAGAACAGGAGAUCUGGCAGCUCUGGGUGAAGCUCCGGCAGGAUGAGCCCCAGCUCCUGGACAACCUGGAGGACUUCCUGGCCAAGAUGAGGCACCGCAUCCAAGAAGCCAGGAGCGAGAAGGAGGCUUUGGAGCUGACUCUGAACAAGCGUGUGGCCGAGCACGACAAGGACGUGCAGCAGCUCUGCGAGGUCCUGGAGCAGCAGAUCCAGCAGGAACAGCUGCGGCUGCAGCAGCAGAGCAUGGCCCGGAGCCACCAGCACGGUGAGGAGCUGCGGCGAGUGCUGGAUGCCAGCGAGAGGGAGGUGCAGCGCUUGGUCACGGCGCAGAUGGAGCUGGAGCGGCGCUGCCGCAGCCUCCACAGCUCCCAGCAAGCCACCAGCACGGAAAACCGGCAGCUGGAGGAGAGCAACCGGGCACUGGAGCAUCAUCUGCAGCACCUGCACCAGCAGCUGCAGCAGACCCAGGACCACCUGAGGACAAUGAGGGCUACAGUGGUUUGGGAGCACACAGGGCAGCCCGGGGACAGAGUGGUGGCAGAGUUACCCAUCGAGGUGCCAAUGUCCCCACAGCUGAGUCCUGGGAAGAGCGAGAAGUUCCGCUCCGAGAUGCGGAUCAGGCUGGGAUCCCAGAGCGACGAAAGCAAAGCCAAGAGCACCCACAAAGUGGUUUGGGAAAUGCUGCCAGCAGAAAUAAACCUUUCAGGAGCCCCAGGGAAAGCAAGUUCUGCAGAAGAGGACCCCUUCCCAGAAUCUCUGAAAGAGGAAGCUUUCUCUGACCAAAGCUCUUUGCUAAGAGAGAUGAAUGAUGCAAUAGCAGCUCUGAGCAAACAUCUGAAGGCACAGGCACCGGGUGCACCCCCUGCCCUGGCAGACGCUCCCUGUCACCCCUGGGACAACAUUGAGCCCCAAAUGGGGCCAGAGGCAGCCACAGCCCAUGGAACAACCCCUGGGGUCCUGCAGGAGACCCUCCCUGGCCACAGCCAUCACGAGCUGCUUGAAGGAGACCUGCAAGAGGGACCAGCCACAGCUGAGCUUCGUGCUCCGGAUGUGACACAGGCUAGUGCGUCCACAGGAGCCGGGCACUGCAUGGCUCAGGAGCCAGGGGCAGAGCAGGGAGAGAACCCAGAGGAGGCACAGAAGAUGUUAUUCCUGCAAGGAAAGGGUGCUGGUGUGGAGAUGGUGCUAAAUGUGGCUGAGCAUCUGGGAGAGAGCACGAAGGCAGGAGAGCAGGUGCCGAUGGAGGUGGAAGGAGCAGGGUGGCUGCAGGAAAAAACAGGUGGGAAAAAACCACAGCUCCUGGGAGAAGCUGAGGAAGUAGAGAUAAGCCAAGGAGAAAAUUUGGAGGCAGGUCUAGGGCCACCUGAGGCUGGGCAGGAAGGUGUGGCAGUGGGACAGUGCCUUGCCGUGGAUGAGCUCCAGCCAGGCGGGACUCUGGGUCAAUGUGUGCAGGCCCCAAGCAUGGCGCUGCAGGAAUGGGCUGACCCGGCAUCAGGGCUCCCUGAAAAACUGGAAACUGAGCUGGGAGAGCACCUGGAGCCAGAGCCACCAUCCUGGAGUGAGGCACAAGUGGAGGCAGCUCAUGGGGAUGGUGUCCCUGAGGUGGCAGUGGCUCCUGGCCCGGCAGUGCUGGAUGAGGAGCGUGCCAGUCCGGAGGUGCAGCCCCAGGGAGAGACUGCGGAUUCUGAAGUGCUGGAAGUGCUGCCAGCCCGAGCUGAGCGUGCAGGGAGCAGCAGAGCUGGGAGCAAGGAAGAGGAGGUGGAGGAAGCAGAGCCCAGGGAGGCAGAGCAGCUGCAGGAUGUGUGGCGGCUUUGUGCUCCGGGACAGGCAACCCCAAGGGAGCUUCAGGAGCAGGUUUCAGCACAGGGACAUGAGGGGAGGCUUCACACGGUGGCCCCGCGGCCGGAGGGGGAGACAGCACCCGCGAUGGAACCGGAGCACAGAGCUGCCAGACCUGCCGAGCCUCCAAAGCAAGAGGUGUCACCAGCAUCAACACUGCAGGUGACAGUGCCACCAGAAGAUGCUGGGAGUGAUCAGCUGGGGAUGGUCCUCAGAGAUAACUCACUGGGGCAAGGGCAGCUCUUAGGAGAACAGAGCAAAGACCUCAGUGUUGGCCAACAAGAGGAGAUGCAAGAGUUUGGUCAGAAAGUGAGCCAGGAAGGUGAGCCCAGCCUAGGGGCUGUGACUGCAGGUGGGGCAGGAGGCCCAAGGGGUUGUCCUAAAGCUCCCCUGGAUCCAGACCACCUCUACAAUGUGCUGUUCGUUGGGGACUCCCACGUGGGCAAAACAUCGUUCCUGUACCGUUUGCACGCCGACACCUUCAACCCCCACCUCGCCGCCACAGUGGGACUGGAUUAUCAGAUCAAAAACCUCGUUGUGGAUAACAAGCGCUUUGCUCUCCGCCUGUGGGACUCAGCUGGUCAGGAAAGGUACCACAGCAUGACCAAGCAGUUCUUCCGGAAGGCGGACGGGGUGGUGCUGAUGUACGACAUCACCUCCGAGUACUCCUUCUCCGACGUGCGCUACUGGCUCAGCUGCAUCCAGGAAGCAGCAGAGGAUGGAGUUGCUGUUCUGCUUCUCGGGAACAAAACCGACUGUGCUGCCCAGAGACAGGUCCCUACGAAGGAGGGUGAAUGCCUGGCCAAGGAGCAUCAGCUCAUGUUUUACGAGUGCAGCGCUGCCUCAGGCCACAACGUCUUCGAGUCCAUGGUCAGCUUCGUCAGGUUGCUCAAAGUUCGUGAAGAUGAAUUGAAAAAUAAGGCAGAAGAAGUACCAAAGGCACCCCAGAAGAAAAAAGGCUGCUGCUGGUGAUGGACAGACCCCCCCCACUGAUCUGAAACUGCAGCAACAGCCAGAAAAACAUAAAAAUAGCCCUUGGACACCUUCUCUCUCCCCGUGUGUCUUCCUUGCCUGAUCUUCCUUGGAUGCUGAGAGCAAAAGCUGCUGUGGGGAACUCCCUGCCAUUCCCCCAGAGCACACCAGCCCUCCAAAAUACUUCUUGGGGAACUUCACCCCUUUCUUUUGGAGACCAAAAACAGGCCAAGGAAAGAGGUAGAAAAGGAACCCAGAUGAGUCUGAGAUGCUGGAAGGAUAUGGGAAGCAGCAGGGACUAAACCCAAGCCUGGGGAUAGAAGAAAUGAAAACCUGGAGCCAUCCAAGUGUAUAAAACAAGGGGGUUUAGUGCUGUUGGUGCUCUGGGCUGUGGGGACUUCUGCUCUGGCUUUGCAAUCUGAUUGGAUUUGAUCAGGAACAAUGAGAUAUUCAGUGUAUCCUAAAUGCACUUAAGUCUCUCCAAUUAGACAAGGUAAAGCUAAUUUUUCCCUUCCCAGGUUUAUCCUGCCAGUGAGCUGUGAUGGGGCUUGACAGAAACUACUGAAUAUUUUUCUCAAAAUAAAUUCAAAAGCACCAAGAGCACGUCCAGGAUAAUAAGAAGAUAAAUGUGUGCAAGAGGUUUUUUCAUUGUGUUGUCCCCAAAGCAGAGUUCUGGACUAUUGCAGCAAAUCUGAGGCUGGGCAGAGAAGAACAAGCUGCUGCAUCCUGCCCUUCUGCUCUUUGUGAAGUAACUGAAUUGGUUUUAAAUCCAGCCUGAAAAUCUAAAUAAGCACAUGUCCCAGUUUCAAGGGUUUUUAAAAAAAUCUUUUUACAACUUGAUUGAAUCAUACUUUUGCAGGAAAAAAAGGACAUACAGACUAAAUAAAUCAGAAUACAAGCGCUAUAUUUUAGUAUUUUAUAUGUUCCAUGUAAAUUCCCAGCAGUUCAACAGGUGUAUUUAAAGGCUGUGCUUAUGUGCAGAGUUCGGGGAAAUAAUUCUGCCUAGUUGGAUUUGCUUUUUGUUGCCGUUAUUAUUUAUACGUAAAUAAUGGCAAAGCUUAAUAGUAGACAGUCUGUGCUUUAGAAAAAUAAAGUGACAACAGGA